UUUUAAUACCAAUGUGAUAGAAUAUUUUUAGUCCACGUCCCCUAACUCGUUUUGUCAUUCAAAUUCAUUCGAAAUUCUUGAUCUCGAUCGAGUUAUGCGGAAUAGAUAAACCAAAAAAAAGAACAAAAUAAAAUGAUAUCAAGCCAAUUUAUUAAUAAAAAAUUUUUACUCUGUGCAUCAGGUAUAUUUUUUUGCUAUUUUUAUUAUGGUAUUCUUCAAGAAAAAAUUACUCGAGCUAAAUAUGGUGUAAAACGUGAACAAUUCACCUAUUCAAUGUCAUUAGUCUUUGUUCAAUGUAUUAUCAACACACUUUUCGCUAUUGUUUUUAAUUCAUUUAUUACAUCAAAUGAAAAAGAUGGAACUAAAUCCAAAGAUACGACAACGAAUUUUCUUUAUGCAUCGGCAUCAAUUUGCUAUGUUAUCGCUAUGGUUUCUAGCAAUCGUUCAUUAGAACAUGUAUCAUAUCCAACCCAAGUGAUUGCAAAAUCCUGUAAACCGAUACCGGUCAUGAUCAUUGGUGUUUUAUAUACUCGAAAAAGUUAUAAAUUAGCCAAAUACUUCUUCGUCCUGUUGAUCGUAGCUGGUGUCGGGACAUUUAUGUACAAUCCAAAUAAAUCUUCAUCUGCUGCUACAAACACCUAUUUUAUUGGCGAGUUAUUGUUAUUUUUAUCAUUGACCAUGGAUGGAUUUCUUGGUGCUUUUCAGGAUCGAAUGAAAAGUGAACAUCAGACCAAACCUGGCAGAAUGAUGUUCUGGAUGAACGCCUGGUCUUCAUUAAUUCUUCUAGCUGCAUUGAUUGUCACUGGUGAACUAUGGCAAUUCAUAAGUUUUAUCAACAAAUUUUCAUUUGUCAUCUGGUCGAUUCUACAAUUUUCAAUCAUGUCGGCUGUUGGACAAUUGUUCAUUUUUUUAACCAUCACGAGUUUUGGUCCGUUAUCUUGUUCGUUGGUCACAACCACUCGAAAAUUUUUCACCGUCCUAUUCUCUGUACUGUUGUUCGGAAAUUCAUUAACAGGACAACAAUGGCUUGGUACGGGGUUAGUUUUUUCGGGUCUAGGCCUCGAUAUGUUUUUUGGAAGGCAGCCACCAAAACAAGCCAAAAAAAAUUCAAUCUAAAAAUUAGCUAUUUAAAAUUUUUUUAAUUCAGCACAUAUAAUUUUUGUAUGAAAUGUAACAGUAUACUUUCCCAACGAUUUAAUAUAAAAUAUUCU